UGUUGACAAUUUUUGACAUCCCAAACAACAGCUGUUGCUAUGGCGGCAUUUUUAUUUUCUUGGAAAAUUAAUAGGAGAAUAUGUGAUAUUUACUAUAAAUCGUCGUUGAUUUUUUUAUUCGAGAUCGAAAUUAUGUGAUAUUAAUUCCAUUUUGAGAAGUUAUAGACUACUAUAAAUCGUUAGGAUGUAAGUUAUUUCCAAAAUUGUAGCUGUGAUUAAUCUCAGUUUUUCCUAUUCUAUAAUUAUAUUUAAAUGUACAAGUAUGAUGAACGGAUUAAAUAAGGAACAAGCUGGUCGCGAUGCAAUCAAGAGUCAUUCUACUAAAUGUGAGCGAGUGUUUUCAGAUGUAUACCGCAUCAGUCCAUCCAAAUUAAGUAAAAAGGAGUUAGAGGACCUUUAUUUUGAAAUGUUGGAUAAGAACUUAGAAUUGAAGAAGACUGUUACCUCACAGCAAGAUAAUAUAAAGUUCCUCUCAACAAAAGUGCAAAGGAUGACUGCCUCGCAAAGGAACAGUCUUUUGAAGGAGAAUAAAGACUGUUGCGCUGCCACAAAGGCUGUUGUUCAGGAACAGAAGGCGUCAAUAGCAGAUUUGAGAAGAGCAAACGAGCGUAUGUCGGAGAGGAUUCGGGUCUUAAACAUGAGGCUCUGCACAGCGAAACAGUUCCUCAAACGAAGCCCCUCACAAGUUACGUCUCGGUGCUUUAAAUGUUUAACUACUCCGCCUGCAUCCAUGAAACAUUCUUCAGUGAGUAUCCUUCAUACGCGACGAAGUGACGGCAACCCCAAAGCGGCGACAGCUUCCAGUCAAUAUCUGUACAAAGAAGUAACAACAAAGGAUGUUGAAACCGAUACCCGUGAGUUGGAAAAAAAGAGUCCAAGUGAGGUGUGUGACGAGAACAAAUGCAGAACUCUCAUGGAGGAAUUCAAACAGAAAAUUGACAACUUGCAAGAGGAGCUGUCACACACGCACGAGGAGUAUACCCAACGCGUCACAGCUCUGGAGCGCCAGGUGGACCAUCUUCAGCAGCAGCGCGGCCUGCAAGAGGAACAGAGUGGAAGUCGUGUGCGCGAACUAAUAACUCGACUGCGUGAACAGGAAGCCAACUAUAACGACCUCUCUACCCAGUUAUCAGUAGAGAAGAGUAAGGUGACGGAGUUGGAGAUGCGUUUAAAAGUAGCAGAUGCGUCCGCGCAAAUGGCGAAGAAAAUCGACACGCAUCUCGCCAGUAUGAACGAGUUGAGACGAGCAUCGUCCAAGGUGGACAGCCAGUUUGUUACCAGCACGCCCCGAGAGCCGCCACACUGGGAGGUAUCCUCUCUGCGGUUGGAAGUGCCACAGUCACAGCUAGUUGCCAACCAGAUCAGCCCGGGUACGACGGUAGACCGAGACGAGACCAAACUGUCCAAACAUUCAGACGACUCCGGGUACACGGACGUCAACCGGUCGCAUGAGUGCGACGACGACAAUAAGGCACUAUUUAAACUAAAUAAACAAUUAUUGGAAAGGAUAUCGGAUUUGCAACAGCAACUGGACACGUUGAAAAUGGACGCGAUUAAUGAAGCCAAAAAUACACAAUUGGUACAGAAUAAGGGUUUGGAGUCAGAAGACAUUGGAACACGACUUAUAGAAAAUGUCGAACUAAAUAAUGUCACUGAUAACACUCAGCAGGAUGUCGUUAGGAAGGUCACGAUAGAGUCGAAUAAAAAAAGCAGCACAGAGCACAGUCCAGACAGAGACGACAAGUCAGAAGGAAAACUCCGUUCGAAGGAACAAUCGGUUAGUGUGUGUAAAGUGAACGAACUAUGGAAUAGCUAUGACGAGCCUGCUACCACCAACGAGACGAUAGAAGGCAGCAUAUGUCGACCAAUUAAAUCGGAACAGGUUGAUCAAUGCCUCGAAAAUACCCGAAAAUACCUGAAAGAACCAGUUCCAGCUCCGCGGCAAAAACCGAUUAAAAUCGCUUCAAACGUAAAAAGCGACUCGCAUAACGGCCUUCAAAUACCAGGACCUUUGCCCGUAGACGGCGAAGCAAAUAUAUCGGUUUCAAAAGAAAAACCGUGGUCGAGAGCGAAACGUCGGUUAAUUGGUGUUAAAACAGCAAAGGAUUCCAACCAUUCAAGCGACAGUUCCAAUAGAAACAAUGGAGUGAUCCAUCACGGUUUUACGAUACAAAAUAGUGGAGAGUUAGUUAAAACGACACAGUAUUACCCGAAUAGUAAAAAUGAAACAUUAAAAUUAGCUGUCAAUGGUAGUAAGGGAAACUUUAAAGUGGGCGAGAAGGAAAUCGAAUCUCUCGACGAAGUAAAGACAAGUGACGUGAAACGGAACGGCGCGGUAGUGAAUGCGUCGAACGAAACGCACGCCAACCACGCGGGUGUUCAGGCUGGUCUCUUGGAUACACAUCGACUAGGCAAACAAAUGGAUAACAAACAGCAAGGAAAUCAGCAGAGUACACAGCAGCCGCGGCCCCACAGUAGCCCACAGCGACAGGGCCGACGCUGGCCGUCACGAGAUCGCACGUACUCUGUGGCAGGGGACAAUACCGACUACGAGAUCUCGUCGCUCACUGACCUGCCUGACGAGGGAGACGACGCUGUGGCGAGUUACAGCGAGCCGCUGUCACCGGGCGAGCACAAGGCGACGAGUACCGACCGCACGGACGGCAGCACCGACCACAGCGACCACAGCGACCACACCGCCGCCACCACGGACUGCGGCUCGCUCAGCGAGGGAGAGCUGCCCGCGCACACUGCAGUUAGAAAACGUUCAAGUGUAUCAAAAGGCAUUCCAGAGACAAAACCAGUCCAGCCCGUGCCGGUCACUCAAAAGGUGGAGGAAGCGCUACAGGCCAUCAGCGAAGAGUUGGCGCGGUGCAGGGAACUCAUGCACACACAGAAUACUCUAGGGGUGAACAUAUGGUCUUCCUUCUAGAACUGUCUUUGGUUAUCUGCAGACAGUGUUGAUUAGUUAAUAAGCUUUUGUGGAAAUAACCACAGUUUCUGUAUCAGGUGUAUAGGACAAGUUGGCAAAAGCUGAAACAGGGAAUUCAGACAAUUCUUUAUUCUUUAUUGUACACAAAAUAUAAUGUUAACCACAAUUAAUUUGAAACAUUAUGUACAAAGGCGAGCUUAUCUCUAUAAUAAGAGAUUUCUUCCAGCAAAACCUUUUCAUGUAAAUUGUAUGUUAUUUUAAAAAUAAAAAUAGGCAGUCAUACGAUCUGCAUACAUUGUAUAAACACAUAAGAUAUGUAUACACAAAGAAUAAUACAAACUACACAUUAUACAUUACAUAAAAUACAUAAACCCUGUAAACAUAUACAUAUACUUACAUAUACAUACAUAUACAUAAAUAAAUAUAUAUACACAUAUACAUAAUACGUCAGCAUAGUGAUAAGUAAUGCUCCCUUAGACGACGCUUAAACAUGCCUAUACUUGUCGAUUCCCUUAUUUCGGAUGGCAGACUAUUCCAUAGUCGAAUGGAUAUAACUGUAAAGGAAUUCCCAAAAGCUUGACUAUUAUUCUAAACUAGAUUUUAACCAGUGGAAAUUCUUUCUGGAACAUUGAAAUUUCUAUUCCUGUUUUUUUAAGCAUGUAGUCUAUGAUAUUAUGCCAUAAUAUAAAGAAAUAAUAAUAGCUUAUAGUGAAAUACUAAAAAUUGUCGAAAAACCAGCAAUAUGUAUUAAAAUCUUACAACAACGCGCGGAAUCAGCUGUGUAAGGUCAACGCUACAAGCGUAUAAAAACUACCUGCGAAGAAGCACCAUUGAACGCGCGGUGUAGUUAUCACGCGUGUGGAUCGUAAAAUUUCAAAUACAUUGCGCUCCGACAAAACUAAGAAUCGUGGGGGGAAAGGGAUUGUUAGUAAUGGAGUUUGACAGCCCCAUUGCUAGCAAUAUGCCCUAUCAGGUCGACCUCCACGUGGUUCCUCCUGGAAACCAUCGUGAACAAUUCUUGUUGAAUUCGUCACGAUGGGCUAACUGACCUACUUCAUCCUCAUCUAUCAUCCUUCACUGGUGCCCCGCCGGUGUAUACCGAUAGCGCGGGUGGGGUUGCCAUUCCAUUAUCAUCCAUUAAAAAAAAUCUAAGAAUCGUUAAUUAUAUAAUUGUGGUACAUUUCCGGCGGGAAAAUAAAUUAUUUAACUGUAUAUUUAUUUAUGUAUUAAUAGUUGUAGCACUUCAGCUGCCCGCUAACGAAAUGCUUUCUCACUGUACUGGGUUGACCGGAAGAGAUCUCUGUCAGAGAUAAGUCCACCCUUGCUCACAACAUUUAUAAAUACAUUAUUUUAUAUGUAUUUUACAAGUGCAAUAAAGAGUAUAUAAAUAAAUCUGCCAUCUGAAUCAGCUGUUUCCGUUUUGGCCAACCUGCCCCUCCACCUUGUAUAUCCUGGGCUGUGCCUUAUGCCCCCACGUAUGUAGAUAAUUACUGCCUGCUUUGUUUAUUGUAAUAUUGUAGUGUAUUCAAUUUUAAGUCUCAAACAGUAUUAAGAAUUUCACUAUAUAGUAUAAAACAAAGUCGCUUCCCGUCUGUCUGUCUCUAUGUGUGCUUAAACAUUUAAAACUACUCAACAGAUUUUGAUGCGUUUUUUUUAAUAGAUAGAGUGAUUCAAGAGGAAUGUUUAUAUGUAUAAUACAUGCAUAAUGUAGUAGAGAAACAGAGGUUUCUAAUGUAAUGUCGUAAUGUAAUGGGGGGAGGGGCUAUUUAGUAUCAGUAUUGUACCCGUGCGAAGCCGGGGCGGGUCGCUAGCGUAACAAUAAAUAUACCUUAAAGUUACUAGGCACUCAAAUAUAGUUAGUAGAGAAUAAUAUAAGUACAAAAUUGUAUAUUUUUGCAAUUAAUUCUAUGUAAUUGUGGCUUGACGGAAUUCAGAAUAACAUAAACACGCUGUGAGGAACUUAAAAAAUCGAUAUAAUCUGUAUUUAGUAUGAUAAAGAGGGAAGAUUUGAUUUUUUUGUUUGCUUGUAUUAAAUAAACUCCAAAAAUACUCGACGUAUUUUAAAAAAAUCUUUCAACUAAAGGAAGCUACAUUAUCAGCCAGUAACAUAGGCUAUAAAUUAUUUUUAUAUGACAUCACAACCAUCAAGAAAAGAGUAUAUUCCUUUUUAAAAGGCCGGCAGCACACCUGCAAUGCCGUUGGUGUUGUGAGUGACCAUGGGCGGCGAUGGUCACUUACCAUCAGGUGAGCCGCAUGCUCGUUUGCCCUCUGUGUUCUAAAAAAAAAUUAAAAAAUCAGACAUUCCUACGUAAGUUACAAUAAUGUAACGCAAAGUAUUAAAUAUUUACUUCAUCAUUUAUUAAUAUCAAUUUUGCACUGUACACUGCUGGAGAUAAUCUUCGCCCUUGGAGGAUUUUGUUGUUGCCACGCUUAGCAAGCGGAUUAGCAAUCGUAGUUAGGCUUUGGAGAUGUUUUAAAAGGGAUGCUGCUGUCCAUAUAAAUGUGUAUACGAUAUAGAACUAUCUUCAUUUAUUUUAACAUAAUAAUAUACCUUAAAGUCCAGUAAUCUCCUUUGUUAUUAUUAAGCUUCGUAAGUACAGAUUAUAAUUUAAUGUAAUAACUACUAGUUUCGGGGGGAGAAGGGAUUGUUAGUAAUGCGGAUUACCAGUUCCAUUGCUAAUAACAUACCUCCCCGUGGUCUCCCCUGGAAACCAUCGUUCUGAAUUCUAAGUGUAUUGGAAUUCAGCACGAUGGGCUAACUGACCUGCCUUUUUAUCCUCACCUAUCAUCUAUCACUGGUGCCCCGCCGGUGUAUACCGUUAGCGCAGGCGGGGUUACCAUUCCAUUAUCAUCCAUUAAAAAAAAAAACUACUAGUUUCAGGACCAAUUCAGGACCCUUAAGGUCGAGCUUUCUCGAUCUAAUUACAGGUAAGUUACAGUAGUUAUUACAUUAGAAUCUGUUUAUUCAUCCUUUUAAAUAACAGUUUACUUUACAUCAUGCUGUGAUCUGUGAAUGCAAUAUUUUAGUCAUAAUUUAUAUUUUGCGCUGUUGUACAAUAUAUCGUCAUAGUCGUAGAAUACUGACGGAUCUUUAUAUGUAAUCUUUUUUUUUAUAUACCACUGAGGUGGCAAACAAGCAUACGGCCCACCUGAUGGUAAGUGGUUACCGUAGCCUAUGAACACCUGCAAUACCAGAGGUAUUACGCGUGCGUUGCCGACCCUGAAGAAACCUCUUUACCCCCCUUUUGAAGAACCCCAUGCUGUAGUCUCUUGGGAAAAUAUCGGCAGGGAGCUCAUUCCACAACGUGAGUGUUCGUGGGAGGAAACAUCUCUGAAACCGCGCAGUAUGCGACCAUUGAGGCUGUAGGACAUGAGGAUGAACUCCCUGUCGAUGGCGAGCCGUACGAUGGUAGAAAGUGGCUGUGGGCAUCAUAUUAAACAAUUCUUUGUCAGAUCCGUCAGUAUUAUACGACUAUGACGAUAUGAGGCGUAUAAAAUCAAAGGCAAUAAGAUUUGAUUUAAUUUUCACUCUGUAUUUGAAUAUAGAAGGAGUUCUAUUAUUUAAAAUUCAAAUUAUUACUAAUUUUCAAUUUUUUUUUCAAAGCGGAUUUAAAAUAUAGAAUAUCGUUCCAUAUCCUUGACAAAGUAUUAGUUUUUCUAGUUUCCUGAAUAUUUGACAGACUUGGAUUUAGCUGUCUUUGAUUUUAUAGGCCUUAUAUAUGUAUAUAUAUAAUGUGCAAUCACCUAGUUAUGUUUGUUUGUGGCAAUCAAUUAUAUAAUUGACAUUAAAUUUUUGUUAUACAAUUUAGAAUGGCAAACAAGCUGACGGCCCACCUGAUGGAAAGUGGUAACCGUCGCCUAUAGACAUGAGCAGUACCAUGGACAUUACAGAGUAUACUGUUUCGCCCAUGAUACCCCCCAUGCGUUGCCAUUCCUGAGGACUCUGGUGUUAUUCCUCUGUACCCAGUAAAUUCACGCCAUAUACCACCCUUCAAACCGAAACACAGCCAUGCAAACACAACUGCUUCACGGUUGAAACACGAAUUGGGCAGAGGUGUCCAAGCAAUCGACUUUUGUACAAAGUCUCCUUUUGGUUUGUUACUUUGUUGAUGAACUAUUUAUAUUUAUUUUAAAAUAUGUUAAAUUCAUAUAUUAGUUACUGUGUUGCCAUGUUGUUUGAUUUUAUUUAAAAUGAUUUCGUAUCGUAAACUUGAAUGAAAUAAAUGUUAUAAUUCCGU